AUGGAGCAGGUCUUCGAGCAGCUGAGUGAAGACUCCAAGGACUUCUGGACACCUCGAAGCAUUGCUCGCAUUCCACAGCCGACUCCUCUCGAGUUCUACCGCAACUACGUGAGCAAGAACAUCCCAGUUAUCAUCACCAAUGCCAUGGACAGUUGGCCUGCCAUGGCCAAGUGGACCAACGAGUACUUGGUCGACGCUCUUGGAGAGACUCAAGUGACGGUGGACGUGACUCCAUUUGGCUAUGGCGAUGCUGUGACAACCGUUGGCACUGAGAACGUGUUUGUCAUGCCCGAAGAACGCUCCAUGGCGUUCCGCGAUUUCUUGGCCAUCCUGCACGACCCGUGCUUUGACGGGGUUCCGUACCUUUCCCACCAAAAUGACAGUUUGCGCGACCAAUUCCCCGCCUUAGUAGAUGAUGUCGACCCCAUGCUUGCAUUUGCAUCAGAAGCGUUUGGAAAUACACCCGAAGCUGUGAAUCUCUGGAUCGGAGACGAAAGGGCCGUGUCUACGAUGCACAAGGACCAUUACGAGAACAUGUACUGCGUCGUGCGGGGUCGAAAGCACUUUUCCUUGUUGCCGCCGUCGGACGUGGCCUUCUUGUAUGAGACAGAGUACCCCACUGGACGAUAUCGCAGCACUCGUGAAACUACCAUCCAUGACGAAACUCCUACCAUUCUCCACCAGUGUCGUUCCCAUCCUUCGUGGUCCAUUGCCAUGCAGGACAACAACGACUUGACGCCGUGGAUACCAGUGAACCCGCUGCAUCCACAAGUUGAAAAGUACCCAUUGACCAAGCACCUCCAACCGUUGGUCGUGACACUCGAAGCCGGCGAAACGCUGUACUUGCCGUCGUUGUGGUACCACCGAGCGACCCAACUGACCGAGACCGUGGCCGUCAACUACUGGCACGACAUGGAGUUUGAUGCCAAGUAUGCGUACUUUAACUUUGUCCACGGCGUCGCCAGUGCCGUUCGCGAUUCGACAACGACAUCCGCCCCUGACAACAUGUGUAGUUAA